GCGAGACUGAUUUAUCCCCCCAGUUGUAUUGCCCACCUCUCAAGUGAAAGUCGGUAUAAAUCUGUGGCCUAUUUCAACUGAGGCUGAACUGGUGCCUAUCUUGUUACAUUGUCAAUGUGCACACGCCCUUCGGUUUUCCCAAUUAAGACCGAACGACAUCGAAUCGCGUGGCACGCCUCGCCAAGCUACGAAUGGCUGCCGAAAAGGUGUCCAAUAUCCUGCAUCGUAUGAAAGGCCACAGUACAGUCGUGUCAAUGAUAUAGUACAACCGAGAGCACAAACAUAGUUUUCAAUUCUGCUCAAGGCGCUGCAGUCAUCUCAACCUGUUUACCUCCUCAGCCAAGAUCAUCAAACUCCGACUUCCUGCCGAAUUUCUUCCUCUUCAUGCGAUGAUCAUUGUCCUUGAAAGGCUGCCGAGAGCGAGGCCAAUCGGUUGGGAUUGAAGGGAUGAGUUCUGCUUUCUUUCGACGACCUACCGAUGGAAGCUCCAGUUCCGGCUCAGACAGCGAUAGCUCAGGGGAAGAUGAGAUUCCGCCACACCAAAUCAAUGAGAGUAUUGGGGAAGGCCAGACCGUUAUCACUGAAUCGCUUUCUAGCCAUGGCAGUGUCUCGUUUGGAGAAGAGAUGGAUGCCCCUGCGGGUUCUCUUUCCAAUGUCGACCAACACCGGACUAACCUGCUCAGCGCUCUUCUCGAGGACUUUGCCAGGAACAGAGCAUGCGAGGUCAUGAACAAUGCAAAGCCAGGAUCCAGAUUCACCAGAUUAUCGGCCGAAAUCCAACCGUUGGCGGAAAAACUCUACGAGCAACUUAGUCGAUCAUUAUCUCUGACUGGCAUCCUUUCAGCCAGCAACGACAGGGACAACGAGCAAACAAGAGCGGCAUAUCUGGCUGGCAUCGAAAGUCUUGCGCUUGGGGGCGUCCAGAACCACGAUCUCCACCAUGGGCCAGCUCGAAGUCAACUUCCAUCACUUGAACAUCAAAUGGCAUUAACCAACGUCAACCAUCAGCCACAGUCUCUCGUUCCCAAUUUGCUCGCAUCGCCCAUGACAAACCUCUCUCUGCACAGUCAGACUCAUUCAUCACCGUAUAGUGAUCUAGUCUUAUCUACGCCCAUAACACGUCGCAGUCACUACGAGUCCAGCUUUCAGCAACUGAGAUUGCUCGGAAAAGGAGGUUUCGGCAGAGUAUAUCAUGCUUACAACCUAUUUGACAAAAAGGAAUACGCUGUCAAGAAGAUCCCUUUAAGCCCUCGGUUAUCGCAACGGUAUCAGGAAUCUGGUCACAAAGAGCUGGAAAACGUACUGCGGGAAGUCCAGGCUUUGGCGCAGCUCGAGCACAACAACGUUGUUCGUUACCAUUCGACGUGGAUAGAGGAGCCGAGAAGGACAUCUGCUAUGGCAUCCCAACUUAGAAAACCAAGCCUCACAGUUCCGGGCAGGAGACUCAUUGCCGACCGCCCAAGGCAUUCCCAGCCCGCCAAUCGAAAUGUUCCAUCAAGCUGCCAGGGCUCUGAUCACGGCGACGGUAUCAUCUUCGGCUUUGACAGCAGACCGAACACUCCUGCUCAGGAUGUGGAGAGUGCCGCCAAUCCAACGCUAUCCAUCAGUGAGACCGAUCACGACCAAUCCUCCGCAAGGGCUUCUGAGAUCUUCACAGAUGGAAACGCAAGGGCCAGCGCUUUGCAAGAUCCAGCCAUGGAUGAGUCAGUGUAUGUGCUACACGUGCAGAUGUCAGUAUAUCCCAUGACUCUCGCACAGUAUUUAGCACCAACACCAACCAAUGCAAGAAGUGCACCCGGCAACCCCAUUCGCAGACACUGUUUCCACCUGGUCCCAGCUCUAAGACUGCUCAUGGGCAUUCUGUGUGGCUUGCAGUACAUCCAUGCCAAAGGACUUGUACACCGUGACAUCAAACCAUCCAACAUCUUCAUCUCAAGCUUGAGCUUUCCCGCGGUAGGGUUAGUUUCGGACGGAUAUUACGACGUGGGAUUUUGCAUCGGCUGUGACAACCCUAGUACAUAUUAUGUCAAUCCUCGAAUUGGUGAUUUCGGACUUGUUGCACAGCUAGCCAGAGAAGAAGACCUCGAGACAAGCAACAGUGGCAGAAAGACCAGCAAGGCGGUGGGGACAGAAUACUAUCGACCGCCGCCGUGGACUGACUCCAAAGGCAAGACAAAGGCUAACGCGCAAAUGGACGAGAAAGUGGACGUAUUUGCGCUUGGUGUCAUCCUUGUUGAACUGCUAUGGCCCUGCCUGACCAGUACAGAGCGCAUACAUGUAUUGCGGGACCUACAAAGGGGCAGGACCCCAACUGGCCUUGCGGAGAAAAUCGACAGUGAAGGACACGAACCAGGCACAGGCGAGAUGACAGUUCGAUGCAUAUCUGGGAUGCUUGAGCGAGACCCUCGGCGCCGAUGGGGAUGUGAGGAGGUUAAGCAAUGGCUAGACAAGCUCCUGACCAGAUCUAAGACCUUGUCCACUCAUGACAGCAACGGAGGCGUUGGCGGGACCGAAAGCAUCAACAUGAGAAAAGUCCACAGUUUGAGCGAAGCGGAUGGAGAGGUAGAUGGCCAGGCCGGGGGAUCGCUGCUCGGUGAAGAAACCGAGGCCGUCAACGGCGAUAGCGCCUUAUAAUUUGUAACUAAGCGAGUCAAAACAUUCAGCAGCAACUAUUGAGUGGAUGGUAGGAAACAGAAAUAUCGAAUCGCAGGCUCCAGGUGCCUCGUGGAGGGCACAGCUUGACAGCAAGAUCAACAUACCCGGUGCUUUGGCUCAAUCAGGGGGUAUCCAGACGGGUGCGAUGUGACA